AUGUUACUAGAAGUUCUGUGCCUGUGUCUGAUAUUUUGCCUCCCAGCAUCGCCACAGGUCGCUGUUGGUGGAUAUACACCAUUUCGUUGUCCAACUGCCAAUGAAAUACGAACAUUCACAUCAUUGUUGAACGCCGAAAUUUCAAACUACUUGGGAACGGAAUCUGUCAGUGGUCAAGAAAUCCAGAUUUUGGAGGUUUCUACGCAAGUGGUUGCAGGUACAAACUAUCGAAUCAAAGUAGGCUUUUGUUUUAUGUCAUAUUACAUGACUUUUUCCACAUCCAGAUUCGCCUUGCUAACGGCCAAUGUUAUCUUGUUGAAGUGUAUCAAAGUCUUCCUUCUCCUGAAGAUGGCAGCGUUACGCUCAGGAUCACCCGUUUGA